AUAAAAAAUAUGUCAAAAUCUUCAUAUACGCUUCCGUGUUUCUCUUUGCCUCCAAUGAGAUUGAGCAGUACACGCACAUCAGUGAUCGGUACCCGAUGGCGUGUAACAUCGCGAAUUCGCUGAUCUGCGUUGUCUUUUCUUUACUAUAUAGUAAUUACAUGUGAUCUGCACUGGAGGGUGUUCCCCAGCAACUUGAGGUAUAGGGAAAUCCACCAUAUCCCGACCUGUUGCGGCACGGUUACAGAAGGAGGGGAUGCUAGGUGCCAGCUUCUUCUUCAACAGAAAUGAAGGCGAUCGUAGCAAUUCCCAAAAGUUCUUUUCCGCCAUCACAGUCCAGUUGAUGGCUCAUUUUCGAGAGAAGGCCGGCGCAGUCCGGCUCGCGCUGGAACAUGAAUCGUGGAUUACUUCGAAAGCGUUUGGACCGCAAUUCCGAGAUCUUGUCUACCAGCCCCUUACGAACGUACGCUGGCAAAGACCCAUUGUUCUGGUAGUUGAUGCGUUGGAUGAGUACGAAUCCACGGACGACGAGGAUAUCCGGUCCAUGCUUAAUAUGCUGCCCACGUUAAAACAAAUCGAUUCAGUCAAGGUCACGAUAUUCAUAAUCAGCCGUCCGGAGUUGCCAAUCCGCCAGGAAAUCCACAAAAUACCAAUCGAGGAUCAUGACCGUCUAGUACUUCAAAACCUGUCCUCCGCCCUUGUCAAACACGAUUUGACAGUUUUCUUCCGGUUUGGGUUCCAAAAGAUUUUAGCGGAGCGUGAGGGUGACAUUAGCUCGGAAGGAUGGCCUGGUGAAGAGACCAUCUACAUCCUUACUGAAAAAGCAUAUCCUUUAUUCAUCUUCGCGUCGACCAUAUGCCGCUUUGUUGCAGAUGAAACAGAAGACCCAGAGGAGCGUCUGGCUGGAAUUAUGGAAUAUUAUCAAACAACAGGCCAUGCUAGCCAGCUGGAUCAGACUUACAGGCCGGAUCUGAACUAUCUCCUAGCAGGGAAGUCUGAAAAGGACUUUCUGAUGUUGCUGAAGAGAUCGGAAUCCGUACCGUUCCCUCUUUCUUUGUCUACCAGGAUGGUGCAAAGCGCGAAGAGGUGCUUGGUGUUAAUAUUUAGGCCCUCCAGGCGAUGGCUAACAGGAAUAGCUGAAUACGGUGACUGAGGAAUAUGGGGCGGCUGAGUGCUUUGGACUUCCGGAGGGGCUUUUGAAUGUCGGAAAGGUGGAUAUGGUUCAAGGAUCGCAGGGCGCGCGAGAAAUAAAAAAUUAACAAUAACACCAUGGAUCAGACCAGACGAUAGAGAGCUGUAGAAGGUAUCCAAGGCGUAGGCAGAGCUGGAGGACUGGCUGCCAACAGUGAUCCAUUCCUGCCGAACCCAUUCAAACGCAGUGGU